AUGGCCGCCCGGCAGCCCAGCAAGCAGCUCUGGUUCGCCCACCGCUUCCUCAGUGCCGUGGGGCUGGUGAAGCGGGUGGAAUGGCGGGCGCUGGGGCACUUCCCCGACGGCCCGCGCUUCCGCCACGCCGUAGCCGUCAUCGGCAACGCGCUCUACAUCCUGGGUGGGAAGCACUACUACGGGGCCCGGGACACCCUGGCCAGUGUCUACAGGUAUCGGCCCAUGGAGGACUCCUGGGAGCGCUUGGCCAGCAUGGCCUGUGGCAGGAGCUACUUUGCAGCCGCGGGACUCGGGGGGUUCAUCUACGCCCUGGGGGGCAGCUCGGAUCAGCUCUACUGCACGGACUCGGUGGAGCGCUACGACCUGGCCACCGACACCUGGAGGAGGUGCCAGCCCCUGCCCGUGGCUCUGUGCGGCCACGCGGCCUGCGCCCUCGACGGGGCCCUCUACAAAUACUACCCGCCGGACUUCGAUCCCGCGAAGAUCCCGAAGCUCAAGCUCCCGAAGGACCGGCAGUAUGUGGUGCGGCUCAUGGCUCCCUUCAACAUGCGGUGCAAGACGUGUGGGGAAUACAUCUAUAAGGGGAAGAAGUUCAAUGCCCGCAAGGAGACCGUGCAGAACGAGGUGUACCUGGGGCUGCCCAUCUUCCGCUUCUACAUCAAGUGCACGCGUUGCUUGGCGGAGAUCACCUUCAAGACAGAUCCUGAGAACACGGAUUACACCAUGGAGCACGGGGCCACUCGCAACUUCCAAGCGGAGAAGCUCCUGGAGGAAGAGGAGAAGAGAAUGCAGAAGGAGAGGGAGGAUGAAGAGCUGAACAACCCCAUGAAGGUCCUGGAGAAUCGAACCAAGGACUCCAAGUUGGAGAUGGAGGUUCUGGAGAACCUGCAGGAGCUGAAGGAGCUCAACCAGCGCCAGGCGAACGUGGACUUCGAGGCCAUGCUGAAGCAGUACAAGGAGUACGAGGAGGAGCAGAAGCGCAAGGAGCAAGAGGAGGAUGAGCAAGAGAUGAAAGCGAUGCUGGAGCAGGCCCAGAGCCGGCGGCUGCUGCUCGACGCCGACGCUGCCCAGGAGCCGGUCACCGUCCACGCCAAAACGAAACCCACGGUCAUCCUGCAGGAGGAGCCCCAGCCCCAGGCUAAGAAGCCGAAGACGGAGAGCUGGGAGCGGAGCGUGGGCGGGUUGAGCAGCAAGGCCCAGCUCGCCGGGCUGGUCACCGUGAAGAAGCCCAAGCCAGGUGCCACUGUGGCCAACGGGACGGGGACACAAGGUGCCACGGCCAGCACAGGCUCGUGUCCCCCAGCCCCGGGCGCCACGUCCUCCCUCGGCUUGUUGGGGACGUACUCGGACAGCGAGGACAGCGCGAGCGCGGACACCGGCCGGCUGCAGUCGCGGUGUCGUCGCGCAGGGACGCGGCCGUCGCCCGCGGGGGACACUGCGCUGCCCGGACCCGGCACCACGUGGUACCACGGCGCCAUCGGGCGCGCGGGCGCCGAGACGCUGCUGGCCCUGUGCCGCGAGGGCAGCUUCCUCGUGCGGGACUGCGAGACCAGCCCCGAGGACUAUUCGCUCUCGCUGAGGAGCAGCCAGGGCUUCGUGCACGUGAAGCUGACGCGCACGCGGGACCGGCUCUUCGUGCUGGGCCGCGCGGGCGCCGCCUUCCCCUCGGUGCCCGCCGCCGUGCGGCACUACUCGGCGCGGGCGCUGCCCGUGCGCGGCGCCCGCCACCUCUCCCUGCUCUACCCGGUGGCCGCGCAAACCCUGUGA